AUGGACUCUAGAACAUCGUCGUUGGCACAGGCGAAAAGCAGAAGGAAGUCAACUUCUAGCUCAUCCGUACGUCGCAGAGAAUCAAUGAUCUCGGAUCCAGCCACGAUAAAGCGCAGGAGCUCAUCCUUUGCAUCAACAUCCUCACCAUGGUUCAAAAGAAAUUCUUUACUAUCACCAGCAAUGAUUCAGAAUGAAAAUUUUUCUGUUUAUGAGUCAAGCAGCUUUUAUUCUAGCUCUUCAAGUUAUAAUAUAAUAUCCUUAAAAGAGUGCCAAGGAUUCAUAUUCAAUCAAGAUUUAUUUGCAUCGCCUUAUCAGCAGCUGAAAUCGCUAGCUAAUGAAAGGAAAUAUCAAGCAUUGAGCUUUUCAAAGUCUCGUUCAAAUUCUUCUUCGCGUUCACAGUUACAAUCACAGACCCGUUCAAAACUGAAUUCUCCAUCUAGUGCUAAACAAGGCACAUCUGCUGAAAGGAGACAUACUUCUUAUCAUGAUCCGAAGCCUCCAUUUUUCAUUUCGGGCGAUGAAAAUGCUAUUGCAGACGAUGACGACUCAAUCGAUGUGUAUUCUGAACCUAGUGAAUCAGAACAGAUCGAUGACUUCAACAAUGCCCUCGUCGAUGAAUACAAUGAAUACGAAGAAAGUGUGGACUAUGGUGGUGAUGCUACGAAUAGGACGUACAAAGUGUGUGUUACAGAAAUCAUUGUAAACGAAAAUGACAACAGCAUAUUUCCCACAUAG